GUUCCAGUCCUGCUGGAGUCACUGAACAAGGGCGAGCAGUCGGCCAAUGGCCAGUCCCAGUCCAGGGAGUCCACAAACCCCCCCUUCAGGAAAAUGAGCGGGGACUUCCCGUCAGCCAACGGGGAGGCCGGAGGGGAGGCCCCCAAGGGCUACACUCAGGACCAGGUGGAUGCAGUGAAGAGGGUAAAGCAGUGCAAAGACUACUACGAAAUUCUGGGAGUGAACAGAGAAGCUUCUGACGAGGACCUGAAAAAGGCCUACCGGAAACUGGCCCUCAAGUUCCACCCGGACAAGAACCACGCGCCGGGGGCCACCGAGGCCUUCAAAGCCAUCGGGAACGCGUACGCGGUGUUGAGCAACCCGGAGAAGAGGAAGCAGUAUGACCAGUUUGGAGAUGAGAAACUCAACCCUGCCCGGCAUGGGCACAGCCACUCGGACUUCCACCGCGGGUUCGAGGCCGACAUCUCCCCCGAGGACCUCUUCAACAUGUUUUUUGGUGGUGGUUUUCCCUCUAGUAACGUUCACGUGUACAGCAAUGGCAGGAUGAGAUACACCUACCACCAGAGGCAGGACAGGAGGGAGCACCAGGGGGAUGGUGGCCUGGGGCUGUUUGUCCAGCUGAUGCCCAUCCUCAUCCUGAUCAUUGUGUCUGCUCUCAGCCAGAUGAUGGUCUCCAGCCCACCCUACAGUCUGAGCCAGAGGCCGUCUGUGGGUCACAUACACAGGAGAUUCACAGAGCACUUGAAAGUCCCCUACUACGUCUCUGAGAACUUUGCAGACGAGUACACGGGCACGAACCUGAAGAACGUGGAGCGGAGCGUGGAGGACGACUACAUAGCAAACCUCCGGAAUAACUGCUGGAAAGAGAAGCAGCAGAAGGAGGGCUUGUUGUACCGGGCACGCUACUUCGGGGACUCGGACCUGUACCAGCGGGCACAGAAGAUGGGCACCCCCAGCUGCAGCAGACUGUCAGACGUCCAGGCCUCCCUGCACGGAUAGUCACGGCCCCGCCCGGCACCAGCACAAACUCUUGAAAUGCCUGAAGACUUUUGGUGAAGUGCACUGAGCCGAGGUGACAGACUUUACUAUUUAAAAGAAUCAAACCUUAUCUUAAAAAAAUGGAAUUGGAGAAUUAGCAACGCACAACUGCCCUCUUUCUUCUCUCUGCCUCUCUCCGCCGUUCGGGCAGCGACUGGGCCAGCAAACCCAGCUUGCCCGGCUUCCUCCUCCCCUUCCAUCACCCCAGCGUGCUCUGGGAUCCCACAGCCCCUGGAAGAGACACAUGGAGUGUAAAAGAACCCAAACUAACUGCAGAAGCCGUGAAGCAGAAGGAGACCCUUCGCUGCUGCCAACGGAGAGAGAAACCGGACGAUUUGGUGACAAAAGAAAACUCUAAGAAAGAAAAAAAGAAGAAGAAAACAUAAUCUAUUUAGCAUUAAUUUAUAGCUGUAUAUAUGUUGUACUUUUAAACUAUGCAGGGGUUGGAUGAUUAAAUUAUUUUGUUUUCUGCC